CGUUUAGCUAAACAAGGAACGUGAAUACGAUGAUGCAUAAAAUCUCUAUUCUAUCUCUACACUUACUAUUAGUACUCUGUCUCCAUCCUCUCACCACCACAGCGGACGGUAAUUUCACCACCGGCAUUGAUACAUGGUGCGAUCAAACUCCAUACCCUGAUCCAUGCAAUCACUACUUCCGACGCCACAACGGUUAUCGCCUACCGACACAUCUAUCCGAGUUCAGAGUAAUGCUGGUGGAAGCAGCCAUGGAUCGGGCCAUAUCCGCUCAAGACAAGCUGAAGAUGUCCGGUCUGAACUGUACUGAUUGCCGGAAACAAGCCAUUUUGACAGACUGCAUUGACCUAUAUGGAGACACUGUCCUUCAGCUAAACAGGACGCUGCAAGGCUUGUCUCCAAAAGCCGCCGGAGAACCGUGCACCGACGUUGACGCUCAAACGUGGCUGAGCACCGCGCUUACAAACACAGAGACAUGCCGACGCGGCUCCUCUGAUCUUAACGUCUCAGAUUUCACCACACCAAUCGUUUCAAACACCAAGAUCUCCCACCUAAUAAGCAACUGCUUAGCCGUCAACGGAGCCCUCUUGACCACCGGAAACAACGAUACCACCACCACUGAUGAUCCGAAGGUUUUUCCAGCAUGGGUUUCCCGUAAAGAGAGGAGACUUCUGAAAUUGCAAUCCGCACCUACCGUCCCAGCCAACGUCGUGGUGGCCAAGGACGGAUCGGGACGUUUUAAGACGGUUCAAGCAGCUAUUGACCUGGCUGGACGGAGAAAGGUGACGUCAGGGAGGUUUGUGAUAUACGUGAAGAGAGGGAUAUAUCAAGAAAACAUAAACGUACGUCUCAACAACGAUAACAUAAUGUUGGUCGGCGACGGAAUGAGAUACACCAUUAUCACCGGAGGUCGCAGUGUCAAAGGAGGCUACACAACUUACAGUUCUGCCACUGCCGGUAUCGAGGGGCUUCACUUCAUAGCGAAAGGCAUAACAUUCCGGAACACAGCGGGUCCGGCUAAAGGCCAGGCCGUGGCACUCCGAUCAUCUUCAGACCUCUCAAUCUUUUACAGAUGCGCAAUGGAAGGAUACCAAGACACACUGAUGGUCCAUUCGCAACGCCAGUUUUACCGCGAGUGCUACAUCUUCGGAACCAUCGAUUUCAUCUUUGGAAAUGCAGCCGUAGUUUUCCAAAACUGUAUCAUCCUCCCUCGUCGGCCACUACAUGGUCAAUCCAAUGUAAUAACCGCACAAGGUCGUGCUGAUCCUUUUCAAAACACAGGUAUCUCUAUCCAAAACUCAAUAAUCCAACCAGCUGCCGAUCUAAAACCUGUGAUCCGUAGCGUUACGACGUACUUGGGCCGGCCUUGGAUGAAAUACUCGCGCACCGUGAUUCUUAAGACGUAUUUGGAUAGUUUUGUGAGUCCAGUUGGGUGGUCUCCGUGGAUCAAAGGUUCGACGUACGCUCUCGACACAUUGUUCUAUGCGGAAUAUAAGAAUAUUGGACCAGCUUCGUCGACGAGGUGGCGUGUCCGUUGGAAAGGUUUUCAUGUGCUAAAUAAAGCUUCCGAUGCUUCUGCUUUCACUGUUGGAAAAUUCAUCACAGGUACUGCAUGGCUCCCACGUACCGGCAUACCCUUCUCUUCCGGACUCUAAAGGCCGUUGUUUGGUUUUAUCAUGCUUAAAUUACAAUGAUGUAAUAGUUAACAAUUCUUGAAUGUAAUUCAAUAUUAGUGCGCUUGCUACGAGAAUGAAUAUUUAGCUAUAAAUGGACAAAGGAGAAUUUAGUAUAGGAAAAUGCGGAAACAAGACUGAAAUUAUAUCGAAGUAUCGGAUAUUGUAAACAUAUCCUAUUUCCAUAGUCUCAUUUGACCAUGAUAUUUGUCUGAAUUAAAACUUCACUCAUUUCAGUCCGUACUUUCAAACGCAGGAUUAAUUUUUAGUUGAUAAAGUUUUCUAUUUAGUAAAUAUUAUAAAAAUUACAUAAUAUGAAUUUUUAACUUGUGUAUAUAAUCUUUUUUUUAUUUGUUUCUGUGAUUUGCUUUAGUUAUUUUGUAAGUGUGAUAAAACUUUGGGUGUAACUGGUGACAACUAAAAGGAAUGUAUGGAAUGAUAUGAAUUAUAAUUUCUGGAAUUUAAUGGAAUAGAAUCAGCAUUCCACUUAUUCCAAAACGUUUUUGAUUUGAAAUGAUUUUUCAAAUGAUAGUUAAUUUUUUUUUCUGGAAUGGUAUGAAAUGUUAUUUAAUGAAAUGGAAUACACAUUCCAUUUUUUAAUUGUAACUGGUGAAAUUUUUUUGGAAUGCACAUGAAUUAAGCAUUCAAAAAGUUUUUAUUCCAAAAAAAUGCAUUCCAGUUGCAGCUUUUGAGUUUUGAAGAUAAUCUUGACCCAUUUUAUGGGCUAAAAGCCUAAAACACGAUAAAACUACAUCAAUAUAGGUUAUCUUAUUAUUGAUAUCUUAUUAAAAUUUUGUAAAGAUCUUAAAUAAAUUAGUAUCAUUUAUCAAAAAUAUGAAAAAGAAAAUUUAUAUUACCAAUUUUAUUGAUUAAAAAAUUCAUCAUUUAUUGCCAAAGAUAUUUGUUUUGUGUAAGCCCACAUGGUCUAGUGGUUUAACUAUUGGGGAAAUUGCCAAAAAUGACUCAAAACUUGAUUUUGAAUACAAAAGUGUACCCCAAAUUCAAUCAAAUGCAAAAGUAACCCAAAAGGCUAGUGAAUUUACAACAACUUCCUUAUGACUAAACAAAAAACAUGUAUUGAGUUUUACCAUUAUAACCCUUCUCGUUCAGCAGAUCCUAAAAAUAAUUUAAAAUUUUUAUAAAAAAUAUUUUGAUGGGAUAAAAAUUAAAAUCAUGUAAUAAUAAACAUUUCUAAAUAAUGUAAAUUUAGUUUUACUAAAACUGAAUUGUUUUCAACAUAGAUGAGUAAAAGAAGAUUAACUCAUGAUAGUCUUUGGUUUAUGGUUUGGUAACAUAUGUUAUAACAUUGUUGGUAUAUUUAGGGUUAGAUUUUGAAAUCUUAUCUUUUGUUUUUUUAAAUUUUUUUUUACCUAUAUGUGUUUAGUGCCUAUCUAAUAACUUGAUUUAAACACUUUCUAAGUAUCUUGAAAGUUUAAGAAAAUUUUUUUUUUGUUUACUUAGUUGAUUAUAGGGUCUGGAAGACUCACAAAAGACUUCCCAAGAAGUCUUCUGACAUAUCCCACCUAAAUUUUAGUAUAAUUUAGGGUCUCCGCCUAAAUUUUAAAGGAAUUUAGGUUUCUCGCCUAAAUCGAAGUCUUCCAGAAGUCUUCUACGAGAAGUCUUCUCAUGUAUUAAAUCUUAAAAGUAAUUAAUAAAUUUUAUUGAAUAUAUUGAAGUUAAAUAUAGACAAUUGCAAAAGUAUUUCAGGACAAUUUCUAGGAGAAGUCUUCUCACAUAUUUCCGCCUAAAUUUUAGUAGAAUUUUAGUUUCCGGGCUUAAGAGUAGUCUUCUCAUGUAUUUGAUUUUAGAGUCUAAAAGACUUACCAGCAAGUCUUCUCGUAGAAGACUUACCAAGAAGUUUUAUGUAUCAAAAAUAUUUAACCUAACUGAAAUUUUUGUCUCCAUAUAUAAAGAAAAUUUACACAUUCUCUUUCUUUCUCUCAAAUGGUUGCAAUAAAAAUAUAAUUUUUUUCACUCUAAAACUCUCCGACCUCUCUCUAAUCUCUUUGAACAUCAAAACACCAAACUUUAAAUCAAUUUCUCAUUUUUUUCCUACUGUCUUUUCACAAAUUUAUCUUAUUUUUACAGAUUUUUUAUUACAUGGUUUUCAUCUUUCACUCCUUCAAAGGUAGAUCUAUAAAUUUUAGAUAUGUAUUAUUGUGUUUUUUUUAAUAUUAGAUUCUAAAAUGCUAUAGAUUCAACUUAAUGUGACUGUUUUCUUUAUUAUUUAAGCCUAAAAUUAUAUUUUUGAAGUUUUUCUCUGUUUUGAAGUCAUUUGAAUGUUUUUGAAUUUGCAGAUUUUUCAUAUCUGAGACAGACUUUGAAAAACUUUUCAGAAGACUCUCGGAAGACUUUUCGGAAGACUUUAGACAAGUCUUCUAAUGCAUUUUUAUUGUUAUAAGACUUCCCACGAAGUCUUCAGAAAGUCUUCUGAAGUCUUCUGUCCAAAAUGGUUUUGCAUAUGUAUUUUGUAUGUGUUUAUAUAUUAGAUUCUAAAAAGUUAUAGAUUCAACCUAAUUUGAUUGUUUUUUUAUUAUUUAAACAUACAAGUUUUAUUUUUGGAGAUUUCUUUGUUUUGAAGCCAUUUGAAUGUUUUUGAAGUCUUGUGUAGAAGUCUUCUGAAAAUCUUCUCAAUGUCACAAGAAGUCUACCUGAAAUACAUUUGCAAUUGACUAUAUUUAACUUUUUCAUAGAAGACUUCUAUAGAAGUCUUGUAACCAAAGGCUUGACCAAACCCAGAAUAAAAUUUGAAGAAGUCUUCUCAUUAAUAUUAAAUGUUUCACUAUUAUUUUUCAAUUGCAAAAAUAACCCACACAGACUUCUUUCGACAGUAAGAAGACUUCAGAAAAACUUUCAUAAUACUUCUAUAGAAGUUUUUUCCGAGAAGUCUUCUAUAAAAAGUUAAAUUUCUGACAAACUUCGGUCAAUUGCAAAACUAACAUAUUUAUCCGAGAAGUCUUCUCUGGGAUUUUCAGGUUUUUUUUCUUAAUAAAGCAAAGUUAGAAAACUUCUAGGAAAGUUUUCUUGAUGUAGAGCACAUCUAGUGAAGUCUUCUGAAAGUCUUCGCGAACAGAUAUGGGAAAAAAAUGAUUUCAUACUUUGAGCCGGUGAGAUUACUUGGUUUGCUUCUCCAAGCACCCAGAACUUUACUACAAAAGCUACUAAGUCGUUAAUGACCACGAAUCAUGAGCUUCAAUGUCUCUAUAAACCUUACAAAGCUUAGAAUCAAAAUCUUAGUUUUUUGAAUGAAUUUAAAGAGAUAGUGAAAGAUAUGUGAUUUGUGUGCAUAAUUAAUGAGAUAUGAAGAGUAAAAAUCGAAACUUUGGUGCAUUAAAAGCUUCAAAUUGGUUGUUCAGGGUGGUUAGUAUAUUGACGACAAUGUCAAUAUUGUAAAUACUUGGUGAAGAUGAGGAUGAUAAGGUAAAAGAAUUAUUUUCAAGAAAAGAAACGAAAAAAAUGUAAUUUCAUUUUCGUGAAUUUCACGAACUUUUAGGAUGAAUAGGGAAAAAAUUUCAAAAAGAAAAUGAGUUAUUUUUGUGUUUGACUUGAAAUUUUUGGUCAUAUUU